UCUUGAGAAUGUCAUGCUUCAUUAUUGUAUUUUGUCAAAUGAUGGUCAAAACAUUUACGAAAUAAAUACGAUUUUUAUUUGAAUUAAAUCUUUCCAAUAUUAAAUAGAAAUUUCAUGCUUGAAGUGUAGUUUUAAGUGUUAAUAAUGGAGGAAGAAAUGGAGAAAUUCGAAAUCACGGAUUACGACUUGGAGAAUGAGUUUAACAUUAACCGAAGUGGCAGGAGAGGGUUGAGUAAAAAUCAACAAAUUUACGGUAUAUGGGCAGAUGAUAGUGACGAUGACGACGAACCAGAAAAGCCUUCGAAAUUCUCCAACAACAAACCCAAAAACUACUCGGCCCCUAUCGGGUUUGUGCAGGGAGGAGUGCAACAGGCAGGCAAAAAACCAAAAAAACCUAUAGAAGUUAAACAAAACGACUCGGACAAUGAAGAAAAACCUGGAACUUCAUCUUUCAAACUUCGCGAACAAAACAGCUCAGACUCCGAAGAAGAAAUACCUUCCAGAACAGGCUUUGGAGCUUCAAAAACAAAACAGCCCAUCAUUACUUCAGAAAUAGCCGGCUUUAGAACAAACAAAAACAAAAUAGAUCCGGCCUUGAUAAAUCAAGGCCUUGGCAAUUGGGAAAAGCACACCAAAGGCAUCGGAGCCAAAUUACUAUUGCAAAUGGGCUACGAACCGGGCAGGGGCCUGGGCAAAGACUUGCAAGGCAUUUCAGCUCCUGUGGAAGCCCAUCUACGUAAAGGCCGUGGAGCUAUUGGGGCCUACGGACCAGAAAAACCUGCCUCAAUACCCAAAGUACCUGUAUUGAAAAAAGAAGCACCUGAUAGUAACAAUAAGGGUCCCUCCAAAUGGAAAAAAGCUGACUUAAUAUCCAAAAAUACUCGAUAUUAUUACAGAAGUGUGGACGAUGUAAUUGAGAAAGGAAAAAAAAAUUUGAAAAAUCUUGGAGAGCUCAGCAAAGUCAAAGUUAUUGAUAUGACUGGGCCUCAACAACGGGUACUGAGUGGUUAUCACGCUUUGAGCGGACUUAAGGCUCCUUCAGGAGUGGAACAUUAUGAAGACGUUGUCCAUAAAAAAUGCCAGAACUUUGCUUUGCCUGAAAUCCAACACAAUCUGGAUUUGUUGGUAGACAUUUGCGAACAAGACAUUAUUAGAGCAGACAGGGAUUCCAGGCACGUCAGAGACAAAAUUGUAGCUUUAAAACAAGAAGAGACUAGCAAAAAAGAGGCUGUCCUAAUGGAGGAUAAAUUAGUGAAUAGUUUGAAGGAUGUUUUGGAUGUUGUCGAUAAAUUAUUGGAUCCUUUGCAGGACUUUUCUUUAGGACAAAUUGGGGAGAUUUUCAAAACAUUAAAGCGAAAUCAUCCGGAAGAAUAUCAGCGUUACGAACUAUCCGAACUAGCUCCAGGAUUGGUUGGACCGUUGCUGACUUCGGCUUUGGCCAAUUGGAACGCGCUGCAACAACCGCAACAGUAUACGGAUUUCUACAGCCAGUGGCGCGCGAUUUUGGAGGACAAUCAACGUGGGACUCUAGAAGGUAAUAAAGUUGGAAUACAGCCCUAUGAUAGUCUCAUAUGGCACACUUGGGUGCCAGUUAUGAGAGCUUGCUGCAGUUCAUGGAAUCCGCGCGAUUGCGAGCCAAUGAUUUCCCUAAUCGAAGCCUGGAAGCCCCUUUUACCCACCUGGAUACUGAGCAACACUUUCGAUCAAAUGCUUAUGCCACGAAUACUCAAAGAAGUAAAAAACUGGAACCCCAUGACCGACACCGUUCAAAUUCACUUGUGGAUUCAUCCCUGGAUACCGCUAUUAGACGAGAGGCUUCACGAAAAAGUGUACCCAAUGAUUCAGGAGAAAUUGGGCGAAGCUUUGACUGGUUGGUACCCAUCUGAUCGGUCGGCAAAAAUUACUUUGGAGCCGUGGCAAAGGGUGUUGCCAAAAGGCACGUUUUUGGCAUUUUUGUUGAAGCACAUUGUCCCAAAAUUGCAACAUUGUAUGCAGAAUAUGGUUAUAAAUCCUCAUCAGCAAGUAUUAGCUCCCUGGGAAUGGGUCAUGGAUUGGACAGACAUGUUAUCUACACCUAACAUGACAUUGAUUUUGGACAAAUUCUUUUUUCCUCGCUGGCUACAAAUUUUGGCCAUGUGGCUGAAUCAGAAUCCGAAUUAUACGCAAGUGACUGAGUGGUAUUCAGGCUGGAAGCGAAUGCUUUCCGACGAGUUACUUAGUCAGCCUACAAUAAAGGACAGUUUUCAUAAGGCUUUGGAAAUGAUGAGCCGAGCCGCCGGAUUGAUUCAACAGCCCGGAGCCAGAGAGUCGAUUUCGUAUUUGUCCACAAAUGAGAAUUCGGUACCUUUAGUACCACCGCCGCCACCAAAAAUCGAGAGUCUGGAAGAAGCCGUCCGUACUGCUGCUAAAAUUCCUCAAGGCUUCAAGGAUUUAGUGACGAAACGUUGCGAAGAACGUGGGAUUUUAUUUGUUCCGAUUCCCAAUAAGUACCACGAAGCCAAACAGGUGUACAGGAUAGGCACUAGUGGCGUGCAGUGCUACAUUGAUCGCAAUGUGAUAUUUUACAGUCAAAAUAAUGCCACUUGGGUGCCAACGUCGCUGAAUCGCUUAUUAGAUGUAUCUUCUUAAUAAAACUUUUGUUUUUUUUUUAA